AUGCCAUACAUUACUGGAGAAACUGGGACAGUGCAUCAUGGGAAUCCCUUAGAAGCCAACACCCAUGGCAGUGAAUAUUUGCCUGUGCCUCCAGGGAACUGCUGGCCCCUGGCAGGUCAGAGUGGGGUUGUAAUCAUCUCACUGUUCCACCCAGUCUCAAUCACUGCUUUGACACUGGGACAUCUCCCAAAACACCAGUCGCCUGAUGGAACCAACAAAAGCGCCCCAAGAGUGUUUUCUGCCUAUGGAAUGUUGACCAUAGGGGUAGAAGGGACCUUUUUGGGAACUUUCUUAUAUGACAGCCAAGGAAGAGAAUUUCAGACCUUCAACCUACCAAAUCCAAACAACAGCAUCUUCAGAUAUGUGAAGCUUAGGAUUGAGUGGAACUCUGGAGAUCAAGACUUUCCCUGUCUGUAUAAUUUUAGGGUCCAUGGCAAACUCUUUACCUAA